CUAUGGCCCCCAGCUCUCCAGCACAGUCUUCCACCCCUAUGCAUCUGGGGCAGCACCGCCGGCGCAGCAUCCCAGGAUGUUCAGCAUCGACAGCCUCAUCAGCGGGCAGCAGGCCCUGCAGCCCUCGCCUCCCGCAGAGCUGGGCCACCCAUCGCUGGGCUUGACCUGGCUCCCGUCUGCACAGCCCGUAAGCCCUGGCUUGCUGGGCCGAGCUGGUCCCAACACCCUGGCUUACCCCUACGCUGCCUCGCCUCCCCACCUGCCUGUAGCACAGGGCAGCUACUCUCCCAGCAGCCCACAGCUCUAUGGGGCUCCCAACAGACUGGCCCUGCCGGCCAUGCGGCCCCCCGCCUGCGCCGAGCACAGCGAGCAGCUCCUGGGGCUCUCCGCAUCGCCCCUUAGCCAGUUCGGCUCCAGCAAUGCCUACAUGAGGCAGCCCAAUUUCCCUGCCAGCCUGGAGCGGUACAUGUGA